GGCUCAGCGUUUGGGAGACAUGGAGGCAGAGUGAGAUGAAAGCGGAAAAGAUGUACUAUUUACAGAUUUGCGCUUUGUUUUCUGUUCAUGUUUAUGUAAGUAUGUGUAUGUAAUUUGAGUUGGCAUCCGGACUUUUUGUCAAUUUAUAAUGGCAACGGAAAACUUCGUAGCUAAGCUAAACGAGUAUGCACAGAGAACACGCUCGGUGCUGAAAUACGAGGACGUUGGCUCUGUUGGCCCGGACCACAUUAAAACAUUUACCUUAAGAGCAGUCUUAAAUGGCAAGGUGUAUCCUGAUGGCGUGGGUAAGAACAAGAAGGAAGCCAAGCAGGAUGCAGCUAAACAUGCCCUGAGAGGCUUGUUGGGAGAACCAGCUGACUGUACAGAAAAUACAGCAGAAGCUUCCACUGCACCAGUUCACCCGACAACUAUUAGUAACAUCAACUAUGUAUGUUGGCUCAAUGAAUAUGGUCACAAGAACAGGGUGCUGAUAAGGCCUGUGGAGUCAACAAGACUUGGACCAAGUAAUGCUACACAAUGUUGCAGUUUUGUGGUUGGUGAUAAGGAGUACCCAGCUGCCUAUGGGAAAACAAAGAAGGAAGCCAAGGAGGAAGCAGCAAAGCUUGUAUAUGAUGAGAUAUGUGGCAGUAAAACUACAGAAACUAGCGAUGAGAAAAUCAGUGACACAUCAAAUACGCAAAAGGAAGAGUCAAAACAGAAUGUGUCGGAAAUCUGUGAUAAGACAAAAAGCUUGAGUGUAAAGACAGAGGGUGGAGUCUUUACAGAGACAAAUUUCAUAGGAAUUGUCAACCACUACUGUCAGAAAACACAGCGCACCCAUACGUUCAUCGAAGACAGGCGAUGUGGUCCCCCUCAUAACCCUCAAUUUUUCUACAAGUUAGUGAUCGACAACAGGGAAUACCCUGUGGGUGAGGGUAAGAGUUCGAAGGAAGCCAAACAAAAUGCAGCUCAGCUGGCCUGGUCUGCUCUUCAAGAACAGUCCGACUGGGACAGCAAGAUAACUUUAUUGUCAGCUCUGAACAAUGAUGGCACACCACUCAGGCAGUCCACCCCACUGAACACACCGGAGUCCCAUUGUGCACGAUCAAAAAGCAUGCUGACCAGUUCUUUGAACUCUCCCAAGAAUCAGGAUCAGAGUCCUGAUGUGAAGCCCAAAAUAAGACUUGCAGCAAAUUUCCAAAAUGCCUGCAGAAAGAGCAAAGAGGAUAUAAUGGCCAAGAAUACAGGAAGUAAUCUGAGUGAGAACACAGCAACACAGUCCGUAAAGUCAAGAUUUACAUCAGAAUUUGACUCCAUAGAGCGCCUCGGUAAAGGAGCCUUUGGUCGUGUUUUCAAGGCAAAAAACAAGCUGCUGGGGAGGUUUUAUGCUGUGAAGAUGGUCCGCUGCAAAGAAAAAGCUCUACGAGAGGUGGGGGCAUUAUCAGACCUCCAUCACUGCAAUAUUGUGCGAUACUACACAUGCUGGAUGGAGGAUUCAGAGUACCAGUGGGACAGUACGGCUGACAGUAGUAGUGCUUCACAGUCAACCAGUAAUUCACCUGUAAAGUACCUCUAUAUUCAGAUGGAGCUGUGCGACACCAAAACCCUUAGGGUGUGGAUAGAUGAGAAAAAUACUCAGAACGUGAAAAAAUCUCUGCGAGACUCCAAGAGAAGAAAUGAAAGUCUAACUAUUGCUCAGCAAAUAGUCAGCGCAGUCGAGUACAUUCACUCCAAGAUGCUCAUCCACCGAGACCUGAAGCCUGCCAACAUCAUGUUCGGGCGGGACAGAGAAGUGAAGAUCGGAGACUUUGGUCUGGUCACUGAUGAGAAUGAUGACGAUGCUGAGAACCUGAUUGAGAGAACAGUGUACAAAGGAACCCCAUCUUACAUGGCUCCUGAGCAGAAGAGCAGGAGCACUUAUGACCGAAAAGUGGACAUAUUUGCCUUGGGGUUGAUAUAUUUUGAACUUCUUUGGAACCUCUCUGGUGACAGGAAACCGAUCUGGGACGAUGCCAGAGACCAGAAACUUCCUCCAGGAUUUUUGCGCAAUUUCCCUCAAGAGAAUCAAAUUAUAAAGUCAUUGCUGCGUGUGAAACCAGAAGACCGACCCGAGGCUAGUAAACUUAAGAAAGACUUGGAAGACCUCAGUGAUACACUUACGACAAGUAAAGCUAUGUCUCGUGACAGUAGGACUGUGUAAUUAUUGCGAGGAAACCUUCAAACAACAGACAGAAGCAUCAGUCCUCACAAGCACGAAAUCCGGAAUCAUUUCCCUUAACACGUGGAGGUUUUUGAAUGUCUUUUUUAAAAACUGAACAAAUUUAUAUUGAUCGUGUAGUGUAUGGGGUACUAUUCUUGAUGGAAUAAAACACAUAACCUCA